UUGUUCGGAUCGAAACACUUUCACGAGAAACCUCAGAAACUUUCCGGGAAAUCCAUUGCAUCUCUCUAUAUACAUCAACAUGUAUGCUCGCACAAGAGAGAAGAAAUAUCUUCUCCUCUGUUAUCAAAUAUCGAAUAUCUUGUAUCAAUGGAACAAAAACAAUCAACUUCUCGUUCCAAUUUUGCCGACAUCAAUGAAGUUGGACCAGAAGAAGAUGCAGAGCAAGAACCGCAACAGCAAGAGAACAACAAGAGAUUUUCCGGUAAUAACAGAGGACCAAACCGAGGGAGACAGAGACCAUACCGAGGUUUCAGCAGACAGGUGUCUCUAGAGACGGGUUUCUCGGUGCUCAACAGAGAAUCUAGAGGAAGAGAUGACAAAAAGAGUUUACCGAGGAGUGGUCGUAGCUUUGCCGGCUUUGAAACAGGCGGAAACAUCAACGGUGGAGAUGUUCGGAAAGCGGAUUUCAGUAUCUUUAGGACAAAAUCGACGCUCAGCAAACAAAACUCUCUUUUGCCUUCUGUAAUAAGGGAGAGAGACGUUGAGAAUUCCUUAAGAGCUGAAGAUGGUGAGACCAAAGAUGAAUCUAUAUAUGCAAAUGUUUCUGCAGGAAGAUACUUUGCUGCUCUUAGAGGACCUGAGUUAGAUGAAGUCAAGGACAAUGAAGAUAUUCUGCUUCCAAAAGAGGAACAAUGGCCGUUCCUUCUAAGGUUCCCAAUCGGAUGCUUCGGUAUCUGUUUAGGACUUAGCAGUCAAGCUGUCUUGUGGCUUGCACUAGCGAAAAGCCCCGCUACAGAUUUCUUACACAUCACGCCAUUGAUCAACUUAAUUGUAUGGCUCCUGUCACUAGUAGCCUUGGUCUCUGUCUCCUUCACUUACAUACUCAAAUGCAUCUUCUACUUCGAAGCUGUGAAAAGAGAGUAUUUUCAUCCGGUUCGAGUCAACUUCUUCUUCGCUCCUUGGGUGGUCUGCAUGUUUCUAGCCAUCAGCGUACCUCCCGUGCUCUCAUCAAACAAAAAAUCCCUCCAUCCCGCGAUUUGGUGCGUUUUCAUGGCACCUUAUUUCUUCCUCGAGCUGAAGAUCUACGGGCAGUGGCUCUCGGGAGGUAGAAGACGACUCUGCAAAGUCGCGAACCCGUCUUCUCAUCUUUCCAUUGUAGGAAACUUCGUCGGAGCCAUCUUAGCUUCGAAAGUUGGAUGGAACGAAGUAGCCAAGUUUCUGUGGGCAGUAGGCUUUGCACAUUACUUAGUUGUGUUUGUAACACUUUAUCAAAGACUUCCCACAAGUGAAGCUCUGCCUAAAGAGCUUCACCCUGUCUACUCUAUGUUCAUAGCUGCACCAUCAGCAGCAAGUAUUGCUUGGAACACAAUCUAUGGCCAAUUCGACGGAUGCUCAAGAACUUGCUUCUUCAUUGCACUCUUCCUAUAUAUCUCCCUUGUAGUACGGAUCAAUUUCUUCACCGGGUUUAAGUUCUCAGUGGCGUGGUGGUCAUAUACUUUUCCGAUGACGACAGCAUCAGUAGCAACGAUAAAGUAUGCAGAGGCAGUACCUGGUUACCCUAGCAGAGCUCUAGCACUCACUCUUUCCUUCAUUUCCUCGGCUAUGGUCUGCGUUUUGUUUGUCUCCACUCUUCUCCACGCCUUUGUCUGGCGAACUUUGUUCCCUAACGAUCUUGCAAUCGCCAUUACAAAGAAGAGACUUACUAAGGAGAAGAAACCUUUCAAGAGAGCCUAUGACUUGAAGCGAUGGAGCAAGCAGGCUCUGGCGAAGAAAAUAUCUGCAGAAAAAGAUUUUGAAGCAGAGGACGAAUCGCAUCACUGA